AGUACACUUCCAGCAAUCGUUCCAUCGUGACCAUACACCAGUGAUUAAAAUGUGUAUUAAAGAAACGCGUACCGAUCCAUCGUGCAUUUCAGCACUCUUCGAAGCCAUCUCGAGCAAGGAUGAGACCAUGCUGAAGAACGCUUUGCGAAUGGCCACCAUCGAAACUGUGCUGUGCUUUGAAUCGACCUACGGAGUUUCACCGUUAAUUUGGUGCGUUCAAACUGGCGACGUGAGUUAUCUUGGAUUGGUGGAAUGUCUGCUGUCCACCGGAUUGUACGAUUGCCAAAUGGUUGACAGCAAGGGCCGCCCAGUACUAGCCAGCAUAGCCGAGAAGCAUACCGACAAUCCUAAGUUUGUGGAAAAGUUAAUUGAGCUUGAGAUCCAGGGAGUGGAUGAGGUAACCGCAUGCUAUAGAAUAUUAAGACAAAACUCGUUGCAAUUACUUAAGCUUUAUAUAGCUCUGAAGAAACUCGACGGAGCAGCAUUGUUUCAAUCACUGGCAAACGCUUUGAUUCAGCUAGAGGUAAAGAACUUCCCACUAUCGUCAGAACUUAAAAUAUACGUGCAAUGGAAGCUCGCUGACUAUGGCCAUCGACAUUUAUCGGGUGAUUACAACCCCCCUCCAGGACAAACGACGCACCAUGAGUGGAAGAGCCAUAUCAAAGUGAUAAGUGAUUGUUGGAGCGUUAUAGCCGAAAAGUAUGAUACUGGAGAUUAUGUAGACAUUGACGAUCGUUUAUUGCAACGACUGACGGUAAUCCAUAACCAUCUCUAUUUUCUGCAGUACAAACCGUUCGUUAAGCACCUGCCGAUGAUAGAGCUGAUAUUUUGUCUGGCAUUAUUUCUACGAUCAUUUAAGGUCGAUUCCGUGGUCUAUCGCAUGCUAGUGAACAAACGGCUUAUAUUACAGUUUUUACGCAUGAUCGUUCGGCAAUUAAAUUACAUCAAAAGGAGUCUUCUGGAUAUAGAAACGAAGUUAAAGGGUAUAGUACAGGAUCACGAUCAAUCACUUGAUGUUUUAAAAAGGGAUGCAAUAAUUGAAAGUAUUUCAGAGGAACUGGAAACCAUGGCUGUUCCUAACAAGUCCUAUGUCGUAGAUCAAUUCUGUGAAAAGAUGGCAGCCGUUAUUUAUAAAACCGGUACUCUUCUUGACCAACCAUGUGAGAAUGAUCUUAUUGUGGACUUUUUGAAGCAUAUUAAAAAGAGCAACAAACAAUGGGCCCAACAGAAGAUCGACGAAAUAAAUUAUCUCAAACAAGAAAGCAAAGACCGUUUGAUCGCGUUAGUCAAAAGUCGUAUACCUUGCACCACACACCCGGUGAAUGUUGCCGAUCGAUUGAUCAAACUAAUGAAAGGCAAAACAUCGCUGGCGCAGAUCGUGGCCGAUGAAUCUUUUAGCAUGGAACAUCUGAUGAGUAAACAGGAUCGACGUACCGUACGAAGGAUGAUCAAGUGUUACAAUAAAACGAAACAAUACUAUUCGCUCACCAAGAUUUACGGUAGUUUAUCCCAGGUGGGCGAAUUGAAUCACAAAAAUGGGGCCGUAUUUGUCCCGUGCAUCAAGAGAGCAUUUACCGUUUUAGGUGAGACGAUGAAAAACACCAAAAGCACACCCAAUAUGCCGCACGGACGCAUCCGCAACACCGUGGAGAAAUUACUGAUGCCGCAACUUUCGGCAUUUAACAUAUCACAUCGUAAUACGUAUGCAAAGGCAUUUUCACUGAAAAGGCUUUUGAUUGCGGAUAAUUUGGAAGAAAAUAUAUUAAUCAACCUACCACUCUACAUGACCGUCGUGAGGGUAAUGUUGUUACUGUUGAUCGCGGUGCUGGGAGCCGAUAUCAGGCGCUCAUUCUACGGUAUGUUGUAUGAAUGUAAUACUGUACAAGCGUUACGCUCGCUGCUACUAUACGUAGAGAAUGAUGAUGAUUUUGCGAAAAUGUUAAAGGAGUGUUUAAAAGAAGUUAAAAAGUAUUUCGACAACAUAGAAAAGCUACUAAAAGAACUAGAACAUAGCCCCGUUGGACAAAAAGCUCAAUUUGAAAACGUCAAGCAACAUUUCACUCAGCAAUAUACUUUGAGCAAAGAGUUGCGAACAAUGCUGGAAACGGAAGAAGCAAUCUCGAAUUUGCGUAAAACGUGCUUUGCCUGCACCGAUAUCAUAACAAUCCGACGUUUGCUUCGUUGGAAGCUUGAAUCACACCAUCCGAACAGAUUGUUGCAAAGAAUGUCCAAAGAAUGGGAUACUUCUACUACAGAAAUUAACUCAAUGGUUAAUCUCGAUACACGAUUAGUGACAAUAAACAUUGCAACCGUGCCAAACAAGCUUAAAAUGAUACAGAUGGCUAUGGACUCGGCUUACUAUUACGGUUGCAUCGAACAUACGCGCCAGCUAGCCAAACAAAUUGGAAUAGAUGCGACUGAUGACUCGAAACACCAGACGCUUAAUACGAAACUUCGAUCUUACUAUGAUAACAUGUUUUUCCUCGAUAACAAAUGGAAGUCGAUAAAUGAAUUCUGCAAACAGAACCACAUUUUGCUGCCGAGCGAUAAAGUAAACAGUCUGCGUGAAGAAGAUGAGGCCCGUCUGCAGCAGUUGUUUGAAGAGCGACAGAAUAGAUUACGAACGAUCCUCGAAAUAGGGAAUAUACGAGAGGUAGAAGACAUUGCAAGCUGUCUAAAAACUAUCUCCCCCUGCAUUAUUGCUGCGCUCGAGUACAUUCAACUAGAAGUUUGCGAAAUCUUGACCACAGUCGGAUACUUUGGAGAUAAUUUCUACUAUCUAAAGCAUCGCAUACCGAUGAUAAUGGGGAAAAGCUAUCGCAAUCUUCUUGCACACGAUGCCUUGUCCUACGAUAUGCUCAGCGACAGUGGAGAGGAAAAGCUGCUCAUUAAUGCGAUCGUUUUAGCCAACACGAAAAUAACUCUCUUCCCCACAGCCAAUAACAAACCGCAAUGCCGCAAUACCAUUGAACUAAGCUUUCCUACUCCCGAGAACACAUUUCGAUGGGUCGAAAAACAGGAAAAAAUAAUAGAAGUCUUGAAAGCGGACGACUCACAACUGCUGCAAGUGAUGAUGCAGGCCGGUGGAGAAAUAAAAAGCCAUUUCUAUUAUGAACUACAGCCGGAUCAACACCAACCCUCUCAUCUUGAUCUCACGAAGAUUGUUCAUCGCUUUUGCCGUCCUAAUUCAACCGUAAUACAACUAUUGGGCCGUUAUUUUCCCUCUUUUGCAAAAACAUAUCACCAUCCCGAGAUUAUGCUGCAAAAUGCUCUUGAACGAAGCGAUUUCCAUCAGGUGAUUGAGCUUUACUGUAGCUUACCUGAAAUGGAGUUUGAUAAGAGGGUGUUUUCCUGGCCGAUGCUACUAUCAAAAUUUUCAUCGGACUUUAUUGCUAGAUUACCCUUACAACGUAAGCAAGAAUAUCUAAAUCUAUUUCUCGACUACGGUAAUGAGUCAUGUGCCCGGAAAAUGAUUUCUAACCAUAUUCAGAAUCCCAGCCAACAUACAGUAAGUCAUGCGAUGAUACGUGGAAUGUACUCGGUUGUCGAGUUGUUGGUGCAAAACACGUCCCGUCUACAGACAAAUGAUAUGGAGCUGGCGAUCAUUAUGCAUUGGAAUGAUCUGCUGCCUGCUAUUGCAGUCAAGAUUGAGCUCGAUGCAAAGGAGUACGUGACUCUGAUCGAAACAGCUGUAAAGGUAAACAACGAAAAGGCGGUAGAAUAUUUGCUUCACGACAAGUUGAAGCGUACCGAGAAAGCUCUUAAAGUGUGUAUCGUAACUGCUGCACUUCACGGAAGGAAUAACAUUUUAAAGUAUUUGUUGAGUCAUUUUUUCACACCAGCAUCCAUUUUAUUAGAAGCGCUUCGCGAAGCCGCCGCUACCAAACACUGGAUAACGACGCGAUUAUUGCUUGAAGCAGUAGGAUCGGAAGAGCUGGAAUGUCCCAGUGACGCUAGAAUGACAGAUAUCCUACUAGGUUUUGUCACUCUUGGUCAGUCACGAUUGAUUAGAAAGAUAGGAUCACUUUACAAGUUCAAUUACGAGAGUAUUAAAUACCAUCCACUGGCGUUGGCCGUAGAAUAUCGAAAAGCUACUCCUAGAAUGAUUGCAUCGUUACGCCUGCUAAGUUUCGGGUGGCUCGAUUGCACCUCGAUUCUACACGAAAUAAUACUUCAAGGAAGCGACGAACCCUCUUGGAAUGCAAUAUGGAGUAACAUCGAUGAUCAUCUGUCUAAGAUAUUUACUCUCAAUUCUGAUCACUGCACUUUAGCUAUCAAUGUGCUGCAACGCUGGAAAACGAUCGCGUUCGUCGAGCAAAUCAAAUCGAGCAAUACUUCCUUAUGCUGUGCCAUACAAUCGAACGACAUAUCAAUCCUUCGGACACUACUCAGCCGCUCCCGUGAUAUGAGGAACCUCAACAAUACUAGCAUUCUUCAAGAGAUUGUGUUCCAGAUCGGUUCUUUGAUCGUUCGACUCGAUACCGAGCAUGGUCAAUGGGAUGUGCGGACAUGCUGCGACAAGAUGAUCAACAGAAUGACCCACCUGUUUGCGAGUUCGAAUGAAACGUGUUGGCAGGAGUUUACAAUCGUUUGCGGCGAAGUGGUGGUUCACUUUUCUGUGUUUGCUUCUGAAGAAAUAUCCCAACCCAUAGAGGUAGAGUUCAAUAUCAGGAAUAACACCAGGUUUAUUGAUAACCUGCAGGAUGUACAAAUCAUUGCAAAUGAAGUUUUCAACAAACACACAGUAGUACAUGCAACGUUUACUAAAGGCAAUCGAACCGUGCAUUUCUGGCGUUUGGAAGACUGGACUUGUGCGUACGAUAUCUACCCACCCAAUAGUGCCAUCGAUCUGUUACCUCUUGUGAACAUACCGGCACUCUUCAGAAAAACAGUUUUGCACUGUGCAGCCUUAAAGGAAACGGAUGUAGAAACGUUAAAAUUGCUGAUGGAAAACGGCGCUCAUCCUUUGCUGAAAGAUAAAUUCGGAAAAACGCCCGUACAUCAUGCCCUGCAGAACCCUUUGAAGCCUGAGUUAGCAUUGUGCUUAAUGAGGGAAUGUGUUGAGCGUUGUUUGUGUAGCGUUGAUGGUUCAUCACUAAUAGAGGUAACUGAUGGGGAUGGAAAAAAUAAGCUUAUUCAUACUGCUACAAUUUGGGGACAUGAAGAUGCGAUACUGUAUUUGCUAAGGAACAACGCCGAUGUGACGGCGCGGAAUGUGCAUCUUCAAACGCCUGCACACAUAGUGGCUGUUAAACCGAUGUACAACUCCGUUGCGUUGAUGAAAAUCUUGCUCGACCAGGACAGAGGCUUGUUGAACUUGGUUGACUCAUAUGGUUGCACACCGUUGGGCUGGGCUGCCAAAGUAGGUAAUAUCAAACUUUUGCAUACAAUCAUGGAAUACAGGCCGGACUUCGAUAAUACAUCAGCAAAUCGGGAUGCCCUUAAAUAUGCACUCAUGGCACAUCACGCACAAUGGGUCAAAUGUUUCAUCGAAUUUCUCACCGCGAACGGCAUCCAGGGAAUUACGAAGCUGUUGGAUAUGGAUUUAAUCAUAUUGUCGCUUGAUGUGGACGAUUGGCAACUAUCGGUGGUGCUGCUCGAGUACGAAUUAGGUCAUACUUUAACGAAGCAACCUACGAGAGGUGAUUUAGAUCGUUUUAAUACUAUUAUACAGAGUGCUGGUGAUCUAACGACCAAACUCGAAUCGAAACGAUUCAUUAUGUUGCUGGAAUGUUUAAUCCCGAUAAGGCCUACAACCCCGUAGUACUAUUCUCGAAAGGUAGCUCCCCAUGUUGUCUCUAACUUUUGGAUGGUUCGCGUUACCGUGCGUUUACAAACACCGUCAAAUAGCAGCGAAGAGUGGAGACAAAAUCGAUGAUAUGAUGUCAUUAAUAUAUUCAAAUUGUUUGCAUUUCAUCGAAUGUCACCGCACCGUACAGAAUGAUUGGAUGCAAGGCUAGGAUAUCGUCUCUCGAAAAAUCGUCUCGCUUACAUAUUGGCAUGAAAUGAUUCAUUCAUUUUGUUUUUGGCUACUUUUUUACUCUUCACGGCGAGAAAAGAGUACGGAUAGAUAUAUACAAGUACUGAGUUAUAAUAAAAAACAAACUAAAACAAAUAACAUGAAGCUAAGCGUUGAAAUUUUCUUUCAUUUACUUAAUAAUCAUGAUUACAACAUGAUAAUUGCAAGGGAGAUAUAAAACGUUAUAAUGCAUGUCCUUAGUUGCCAUAUUAUGUCCAAAAAUCUGUGUCAUUAUUUUUGAUCAAACUAUUACAGGCGUCCCCCAAGUUACGACCUCGUCAAGUUACGACGAUUCGCAGAUACGACGAUUUUGAUUUUGACAGUUAAAAGCUAUCGAACUUCGAAGAUUUUUUUUUAAAUUUCUUAUUGAUAUCCAUAAGGACAGUGGAGGCGUGGUAGGCCCAAACUGAGGUGGCAAGAUGGCGUGGAGGCGUCCGCCAUUCUUCUUC